AUGGUAUCACAGCGUGGUCUUCAAAGUAUAACGCUCGAGUCUCCUAUGCGUAGAUGCGCAUCGGCUACAAAUUGGACUUUCUAUGAUCCUUCUGAGAACCCUACUGCACCAAUUAAUCUCGGCGUGGCACACAAUGACCUGCUGCAAGACAAGUUGCUUGAGAAAAUCUCCUCUUCGUUGACUAUCACACGCAAGGACCUUGAUUAUAAUUGUGCGUACGGUUCAAUAAUUUUACGAGACCGAGUUGCGUCUUUUGUUACCCGGCAGUUCAAAACUGCCGAGCCUUUGGUCGCUGAUCAUGUAACUGCUUUUACUGGAGCUGGGGCUGCGGUAUAUUAUUUGAGUGUAGCUUUGGCAGAUCCCGGAGAGAGUAUUAUGGUCAUAGCUCCUUAUUACGGAAUGUUCGAUGGUGAUAUUUGUGGUGGAACCGGAAUCAGUCUGUUCCCAGUCUAUCUGCCUACCCUUGAGGAUAAUUUUGUGCAUGAAAAUGUUUUGGAAGAAGCAUUUGAACGAGCAAAAAAGGAGAAUGUGAAAGUCAAGGCAUUGCUUGUCACAAAUCCCGACAAUCCAAUCGGAAGAUGCUAUUCUCGCGAAGGUCUAGAGACUUUUGCUCGGUUUGCUUCAAAGCAUUCUAUACAUCUCAUUCUUGAUGAAGUGUAUGCUCUGUCUACAUUCAGUCAUUUGGAUACAUCACUCUCAGCAGAUACUGUCAUUUCAGCUAAAGAAGAGAGUGAUGAUCCUUUCACAUCUAUUCUCAGUCUCGAAAACCUAUCAGACCUUAUAGAUCCAUCGUUGGUUCAUGUGAUCUAUGGUAUGUCCAAAGACUUUGCUCUAAAUGGUCUCCGAAUUGGAUUUAUCCUUGAUCAAAACAACGAAACGCUUCGCAGUGUACUCCAUGCUAGUGCGGUAAUGAGCUAUAUAUCCAGUAUCACUGACAGAACUAUCUCCAAUUUUCUGUCAGAUUCUGUAUGGAUUGAUAGCUAUAUUUCUACCAAUCGUCGCCUUCUGGCAGAUUCGUACGCCAAAAUAUCUAUCUUUUUUAAAGAUCAUGGUGUAAGACACCUACCUGUUCAGGCUGGUCAUUUUGUAUUUAUAGACUUGAGGCCUUUUUUGAUUCAAAAAAAUGGAGGUAGACCGCCUACUUUAAAAGACGAGCAGGAGCUAUGGCAGACUUUACUUGAUAACGGUGUGUAUGUCGCUCCUGGUGAAGCGUUCCGUACAAAAGAGCAUGGCUUCUUUCGUAUCACAUUCCCUCUCAGAUCAGAUUUGCUGGAACUUGGGCUCGAUCGAUUGUAUAAAACGACAGUUGGAUUUGGGGAAAACAGGGUGAUCAAAGAAUCCCAAGCUUUGAAAGCAAGCAAAUAA